AUGCUCAGGAUAAUUAUUGUUGAUAAACAGUUGCGUAUGUUACGUCCAAAUGAAAGUUUUCCAACAUUCUCAUACUAUCAGCUGUUGUGUAUGCUGUCAAAAGCUGUUAUAACUAAUCUUUGUUCUCUAAAGAAUAAUGAUUUUCUGUCUGUAUAUGAUAAAGACGUAUCCAAAUCAAAAGGUGGACUACUUAACACAUUUUCAUCUGAUGCCUACAACUUAUGCAGUGAAAUUGACCAAAGUCAGCAAAAUACUAAAGUGUUAUAUACUACUAAAGUUACUGCUGCAUUAAUUGGUAAUAUAUUGAUGGAAGCCCAUGCUUAUUAUGGACCAUGGUCAAAUAUCCAGAUCCUACUCUUCACAGAUGGUGGAUCAUCUCACUUCACACUUUCAUCAUUCACCUGGCCUGAACAUUUCCCUGAAAGACUGUACAGUACUGUUUCAAUACUAUUUAUUAGUUUAAGUGAUAAAAAGCUUUCUAAUGAUCUGUUAGAGGUGUAUAAUAAAUUUCAUUUGAAAUCAGCAAUCCUUGAAGGUAGUACAUACAUUUCAAAUCCCAAAGAUUAUACUGUUCAAGGAUAUGUGGAUAAUUUAGCUGGACAUGUUGUUAACAGGUGUUAUGAAAUGUAUCCAAAUAGUCAAAAUGCAGUCAUAAAUUGUGGACGUCUUCAAAGUUCGGCAACAUUGAUAGCCUCUCCGGGUAUUUAUUUUACUACUACUGGAUCACACAAUAUAAUUACUGAUUCACUGUAUGUGGAGAUAUUUGGUUUUCUAAAUCUCAGUGAUUUAAAUAAUCCACCAGUAAAUGGACGUUUUAUUGUAGUCAGUAAACAACAGUCGACAGAUUCAGUUUAUGAACCAGAUUUCCUUUGUCUACUUUUGGAAGCAUUAAAGACGACUAAAUCUGCUGCAAUGUGUAAUAUUUAUGUAAUAAUGACAAGUAAUAAGUCGACAGUAGAUUCACCUAAACUAAAUAUAACUCAAAAAUCUGAUCCAAAUUAUUCAUCUGAACGCCACAGUCAUAAAUAUCGUCAUCAGCAUCAAAGUCAACACCGCUCAGAAAGCCCAAAGCAAGAGCAUAUUAAAAAUUCAUUGAACCAUACACUUUGGACACAUGGUUAUCUACAUCAUAUUGACUUGAAAAAACCAAUUCUAGUUCUAUCAGUGUUCGAAAAAGAUUGUACUGGUCUGCCAUGGCUUGGUCAAUUUAGUCAUUUGGCUCCAGUAACGGAUUUUGCUGGUUCACAGUUGUAUGACGAUGUUAAUGACACUUCACCAUUCCCCGUUCGUACACCGGAUUAUUUAAGUUACAAAACUGAUUCUACACGUUAUGUUUCCUGGUCUUCACAAUCUGUAAUGCUGAUGGAUAUUAACAAAGUGUUUAGAUUAAGUCGACGUUUACCUGACAAGUCUGCAUUAUUAUAUAAGGAGUUGAAUCGACUUCGUUCUGCGGCCACACUAUAUGGAUGUCCAGAUUUGUUACUAAAAAUUCAUUCAAUGAUUAUGUCAAUGCAUGAGUCAACUAUUACUCAGCAUAAUAAUAGUAAUAACGAUCAUAUUAAAACACUACAGGAUUGUUUAAAUCAUGUCAGUCGAUUGUUACUUCAACAAGAAGUCGACAAUCACGGUGAUAAUGAGGAUGGCGAUGCACUGAACAAGAGGAUGAUUACUGUAUUUUCUUCUGAUAAAAGCUAA